AGCAUAAUAUUGCAAUAAUCAGAGGUUCAUUAAAAUUUUGCUUUCACUACUUAUGCAUGAGAGCUGUGCAUGUGUUGAAGCCACUCAAGACCUCAGCACUAUAAAUAGUGCUCUAUUGUUAGUGGAUAAAAGAUGAAACCAGUCUCCAGUCACUGGAGCACAGCAUGCCCUAUUAAAUGUUAAGCUCUGCCUGUGCUAAAAGUGAAAGGCAACAUGAACCUAUAAACUAGUCUGCGGGUAAGGCAUAUGACUGGGAAGAGUUUGCUGUGACUCUACAGCUUCCCCAAAGCGACAGGAUCAGCAACUUACCUUUCUGCCUCUGCGAUGGCAGAAGCUGUUAUAAGACACUGGGUGGAAACUCCUGUACGCUACCAAGAGCAGUUUGCUGUCCAAGAGCUGGAAGGACACAAACUGGACCACUCUUUAUAUGCUUUGCCAGGUCCUUCUACAGCUGCAUGGAGCAACAGAAGGUGUACUGCAGAAAGUACAGCUGAGGCUGGGAAGAGUGGCCAGGAGGAGGAAAACACAGGCUUCCAGGUCUUGCUGGAUGUUGUGCAGUUCCGCCCCGAAGAUAUCAUUAUUCAGACUUUUGAAGGCUGGCUCCUGAUCAAGGCUCAGCAUGGACCCAGGAUGGAUGAACAUGGUUUCAUAUCCAGAAGCUUUACCAGACAAUACAAGUUACCUGAUGGAGUGGAGAACAAAGACUUGUCUGCACUAUUCUGCCAUGAUGGCAUUCUGGUUGUUGAAAUGAAGAACUCUGUGGGAAAGAAUUAGAAACUUGCCCAUAGUUUAUUGGUGAGAUAAAACCAUUCAUAAUAUAACAAAAUAAUAUAAUUCGAGCAAUGCUGUAGAGUGUAGUAAGCAUGUGGCUGUAUUUACAUUGCAGUAAAGGAAAAUCUUUGUAUGUGUUUUUCAGUA